ACAUUGAGCAGAGAUGUCGGCUUCCGCGGAGAGCCUGGCCGCCGCCGCCUCGUUGGACAAAUACGGCGACGAGGACAUCUUCAGCCUGCUAAUCCGCUACGGACUCUAUGUGGGCGCCCUCUUCCAGUUCAUUUGCAUCUCCGCCGCCGUGCUGAUGGAGAACAACCCGGAGAGUGGUGGCAGUCCGGAGAGCGGCGAAGUGACGGAGCGGGAGGGCGAGCCGGUUAGGACGCGGCUGCACAAGAUCCGGAAGCUGGAGAAGAAGAAGCGUCGAUAGAUCUAGUCAUCUUAGCCCAUAGAUAGCCUAAGUACACUCGAAUGCAUUUAUUAAGCGAAAAAUAAAAUAUAUUAAUAUUA